CGUGAUAUAACUGGAAUACUGUUAAAAAUGGUGUUAAACCUAACUCACUCACUCACUCUUAACCAUGAAAACUCACUAAUGGGACACUGAACUGAUGACCUUGAUCUUGACAUACAGCUGGUCAGCUACAGAGCCCAUGGCAAUGCUGUCUGACCUGCUUCACUUAUUGUCACAGCAUGAUAAGAUUCCCUCCAUUUUCACAGAUAGUGCAUGGCGAUGUGAUAAGCUGAACUGUGAUGGCCAGUACAGAUGAGGACAGUGGACAUCGUCUGGUAAUGGCCACUUCAGGUGAGCAGACUGGAGGUCACAUGGCCACUUCCGGUGAGCAGACUGGAGGUUACAUGGCCACUUCCGGUGAGCAGACUGGAGGUCACAGGACCACUUCCGGUGAGCAGACUGGAGGUCACAUGGCCACUUCCGGGGAGCAGGUUGGAGGUCACAUGGCCACUUCAGGUGAGCAGACUGGAGGUCACAUGGCCACUUCCGGUGAGCAGGCUGGAGGUCACAUGGCCACUUCCGGUGAGCAGACUGGAGGUCACAUGACCACUUCCGGUGAGCAGGCUGGAGGUCACAUGGCCACUUCCGGGGAGCAGGUUGGAGGUCAUGUGGACAUAUCUGUGUCGAGAGAACACUUGGCUAUUUCUGAUGUUGACACUGCAAGUUCAGAUGAGGAGUACCUCACAGCAGAGGAUGACUCUGGCAACAGCGUGGUCAGUUCAGACGAGGAACCUGAAGGUCACCUGGUAAUGGCAGGAUCAGCUGAGCAUGAGGAGGACCUUGUGCUGGUGAGCCAACCAGUCACCAGAUUAGGUACAGGUGAACAUCCUUCAGGGAACUCCCAGGUGGCCAACACUCUGAACAUCUUCACUGGACCAGCCGGACAAGGAACACUCGGGAGAGGUACCCUUCAUUUGCGCACAGUCGAAGCGAGGAAGAUUUUUCAUCCAACUGAACCCUACAAAGCAGUGGAACAAAAAUUGAAGGAAUUUGGACAUGUGACCAUCUGCGGGGCUUCAGGAGAAGGCAAGACAACAAUGGCUCUGGUGUUGGGUUCACGGUAUAGGGGCAAGGACUAUGAGGUCGUGUUUGUGGACAACAUUGAGAAGUUCGACUUAGACCUCUGUCUUAGUAGACACCCCAGAGUAUUUCUCAUAGUAGAUGACAUGUUUGGUACUGUUGGAUUAUCUGCAAAUACGGCACAGAUGAAAUCCUUUCUAAACAACAUUCUCCUCCAUUUAGAACAAAAGCGGACUGCGGAAAAGCUGCAGUCAGAAAUGCAUAAGUCAGAAAUGCAUGAGAGCAGUGAUGCUGUAGGUACAUCCAGAAAGAAAGUGCAGAGUCAACCAGAAUGUCAAACAAAGGAUAUUCGUGUUGUCUUCACAUCAAAGUCGUACAACUUCCAUGAUGGACUUGCAAAACUGCAUUAUGAGGGUUUCAAACUGUUCAAAGGUCAAACUGUAAUGGAUUUAACCACACAAGAUAAAUACUUGCUUUCUGACAAAGAGAAAAAGACAAUAUUUGAACGACAUAAGAAUGCUCUUGGUGACUGCUCCAAGGAACAUAUACCAGAUUACAGUGAGCUGGAAAUGUCUUCAAAUAUCUUUGGAUUCCCUCUUAUUUGUAAACUUUGUUUUGAAUUUGCAUCUUUCUACAAAACUACAAAGUUAUUUUUCAAGGAACCACUGUUUUAUCUAAGGUUAGAGCUAAAGCAUUUGCUUGAAGAGAGAAAUGACCGAUCAGCCAUUUUGGUUCUGAUGCUACUGUGUGAAGACAAAUUGGACCUGGCCAAGUUAGACAGUGGAGGCGAGGACAGGGAAAUGGACAGCCUGGUCAAAACUGUUUUACAGCUGAUGUCUGAUGCAACACGUUCAGGCAUGUACAAAGCAGCUAAAAGUUUGAGAGGUACAUUCUUCACAAGAGGAGACACUGUUGGCUUUGCUCAUUCUUCAAUCUAUGAUGCUUGUGCCUGUGCCUUGUACAAUAUCAGUCCAAUCUUUGUUUUGAAGCACUGCAGUGAUGAUUUUCUGUUUGAAAGAGUACAAGGUGAUAAGGUUGAAGAAACCAAAGUUGACGAUCAUCUCCAUUUGAUAUAUGUCUCAGAGAAUUAUGAUGACCUGCUUACCACAAGGAUUGCACAGUCUAUUAAACAAGGACAGUUUUCUAAAUCAGUGACACAUCCAAUUCUCAAACAAGACAGGACAGUUUCGAAACUGCUUAACAAACUUCGGAGCGAGGGGAUGAAACAGCUUCAUCAGCAUAAUGAAACUGAUUCUAAAGAAGAACCUUGGUUUCACAAGAAAGAGAAAGGACAAUGUUUUCUGUAUUGGGCAGUUCUUGGACAUAAUGCAUGUCUAGUUACAGAUAUAGAACACACAACUGGAGAAGAGUUAACUCAAGGAGAGAUCAGUGAGGCUUUGGAAGUAUGUGCACAAAGCAACAACGUGACAGCAUUUGAAUGGCUGUUCAGCAGGAGUGAGAAACAUAACCAUCAAUUGACACUAAACAGACUUUCGUUGGUAGCUGCUGCAAAUGGCAGCUCUGACACACUAGUGUAUCUGCUGCAGGAGGGCGCUGAUAUUAACACCCGUGACAAGGACAUGCAAAACAGCUUACAUCUGGUCUGUAAAUCAGGAAUGGAAAAAACCCUGAAAGUCCUGUUAAACAGGAAGCCUGGGAAUAAUGUUAUAAACUCUAUUGAUGUGAAUGGCAGGACCCCAGUCAUGGUUGCAGCACAAACAGGAUCAGAGGGAUGUUUUCAGUUACUGCUGACAUUAUCAAACUUGAAUGUGAAAGAUAAACAUAGCUACGGAAUUAUUCAUCUUGCCUGUAUUGGUGGUAACAAGGCUAUAGUGCAACACGUCCUUUCCCCUUCUAACAUCAACAGUAGAGGCAGACAUGGAUGGACACCAGUGAUGGCUGCAGCUGUCAGUGGACAUCAAAGUGUGUUUGACCUCCUUGUGUCAAACCAAGCUGACCUCACACUGGUGUCUACAUCUGGUGAUAGUUUACUUCAUCUUGCCUGUCAGGGUGGGAACACAGCUGUAGUACAACAUGUCCUGACCCCUUCUAACAUCAACAGUAGAGGGAUGAAAGGAUGCACUCCUGUGAUGAAGGCUGCAUACAGUGGACAUAAAGAUGUGGUUGACCUCCUUGUGUCAAACCAAGCUGACCUCACACUGGUGGAUACAUCUGGUGAUAGUUUACUUCAUAUUGCCUGUCAGGGUGGGAACACAGCUAUAGUACAACAUGUCCUGUCCCCUUCUAACAUCAACAGUAGAGGGGAGUAUAGAUGGACACCAGUGAUGGCUGCAGCUGUCAGUGGACAUGAAAGUGUGUUUGACCUCCUUGUGUCAAACCAAGCUGACCUCACACUGGUGGAUACAGAUGGUGAUAGUUUACUUCAUCUUGCCUGUCAGGUAGGGAACACAGCUAUAGUACAACAUGUCCUGUCUCCUUCUAACAUCAACAGUAGAGGCAGACAUGGAUGGACACCAGUGAUGGCUGCAGCUGUCAGUGGACAUGAAAGUGUGUUUGACCUCCUUGUGUCAAACCAAGCUGACCUCACACUGGUGGAUACAGAUGGUGAUAGUUUACUUCAUCUUGCCUGUCGGGGUGGGAACACAGCUAUAGUACAACAUGUCCUGUCCCCUUCUAACAUCAACAGUAGAGGGGAGAAUAGAUGGACACCAGUAAUGGUUGCAGCUGUCAGUGGACAUCAAAGUGUGUUUGACCUCCUUGUGUCAAACCAAGCUGACCUCACACUGGUGGAUACAGAUGGUGAUAGUUUACUUCAUCUUGCCUGUCGGGGUGGGAACACAGCUAUAGUACAACAUGUCCUGUCUCCUUCUAACAUCAACAGUAGAGGGGAGAAUAGAUGGACACCAGUGAUGGUUGCAGCUGUCAGUGGACAUCAAAGUGUGUUUGACCUCCUUGUGUCAAACCAAGCUGACCUCACACUGGUGGAUACAGAUGGUGAUAGUUUACUUCAUUUUGCCUGUCAGGGUGGGAACACAGCUAUAGUACAACAUGUCCUGUCUCCUUCUAACAUCAACAGUAGAGGGAUGAAAGGAUACACACCUGUGAUGAAGGCUGCAUACAGUGGACAUAAAGAUGUGGUGGACCUCCUUGUGCAGCACAAAGCUGACUUCACAUUACUAACAGACAGUAAUGAUGACAUUGAAUGGGUAGCUCAGAGGGGAGGACAUCCUACACUUGCCAAGUAUCUUCAAACUGUUAAACAGCAUCACUGAUUAACCUGUCUCCUGUCAAAUGGUUUAUGAUUUAAUGAACUAAAAAGGGUCAAUCACCAUGUAAGACUCCAAAAGAGUGCACCUGGAGAUAUGAUGUGGUGGUUUAAGUUUUGUGGAAAAUUCAAUGGUUCAGUGCAGUUUUUAGAAGCGACUCCAGUGACGCCAGCACAGAUGCGUGGCAGGAGGGUGGAACACAGAGCUUGUCAGCAGUGGGAAUCAUGUUUUGAGAAUCGGUGGCAUAUGCAAAAUCCUAACAGUGACAGUGUGGGCAACCAUGGAAUUCAGUUGCCACGGAAGCACGAUAUUGUAUAUAACAUAGCAUUGUGGGAAAAAAGUGACAAAACCCUUUCCAUAUUUUCUAAGAAAUCACUGCCGAGAACAGAACCGAUUGUACGAUUCCAUCUGUAUCAUGAGCAUGUGCUUACGGAUCACUAUCAACAUUAUGAAGUCAUCGAUGGAAUGUUCCAGGCUGAGGCCAAUGUCUCAGCUAUUUGAGUAUUAAAGAAAAAGUGCAAUAUAAAAUUACUGAUAUCAUGUUACAAUGUAAAUGUACAUUACCUGUUUCGAGAUUUGCGAUUGUUAAACAGUAUUGGAUCCCCAUAAAUUUCAUGUGGAACCGAUAUGUUUGUCUCCCAGCAGACAUCCUUAGAGAAUGCAGAGGCACUUGAUACUGUACCUGCUUGAAGGCAUUCAUAGUGAUCUGCUGUCUUUGUGAAGGAUGCUUCCCAGCUAUCUGUCAUUAGUUGAAAGUUCCCUAUGACCGCCUCCUUGGUCUAGUGGUAGAGCGUCCGCCCGGAGAGCAGAAGGUCCUUGGUUCGAUCCCCGGCUGCGUCAUACCAAAAGAUGUUAAAAGAUGGCACUUGUUGUUACCCUGUCUGGCGCUCGGCAUAAAGGGGCUAAAACAAGGACAGGUCGGCUCGGAGUCAGUAUACUGUGUCUCAGUGGGGUAUUCAUGUUUAACUGCGGCAUGGUAUCUCAGUGAACUAGCACUAUAAAUCGGCAUCAGUCCGGACUAUUACAAGCAGCCACACACACACACGUGCAUGCACGUUGCUAUAUAAAUGCAAUAAUCUUGGACGCAACGUUAAUAAUAAUGAUACAUGCAUUUAUAUUGUGCCAGAUUCCAUUCGCCACCUGGAUGUUCAUAGCGCUACACUAUUAUUACCCCGGUCAAUGUAUCAGUGAGCACUCGAUUUUCAUUCUCUCCUUACUGGGGAGUAUGCUAACGCUAGAAGGUUAACAGCCACAUUACCAUCUCGUCCUACCGGGUACCCACUCACUGCUGUAUUUCACCUCAUCUUUCAGUUCCUAUUGUUGAACUGUAACGUCUGUUGUAUGCAUCAUGGGGAUUCUUGAACUAGCAAAGUGGUCAGUACCCCACUUAAAGGGAUACCUCAUCUCCGUGUGUGCAGCCGGAUGUUUCCAGUCAUUGUCCACCUUCUUCAUCUGUUCACUGGAGUUUGGUUUGGUUGGUUGGUUGUUUUACGCCGCACUCAGCAAUAUUCCAGCUAUAUGACGGCUGUCUGUAAAUAAUCGAGUCAAUAAACAGUAAUCAAAGAAUUCAGUGAUUGACAUCAUGAGCAUCGAACCCCACAAUUGGGAUUGAUGACAUGCAUCAACCAAGUCAGCGAGUCUGACCACCUGAUCCCGUUAGUCGCCUCUUACGGCAGGCAUAGUCGCCAGUUACGGCAGGCAUAGUCGCCUCUUACAGCAGGCAUAGUCGCCUCUUACGGCAGGCAUAGUUGCCCAUUAUGGCAGGCAUGGGUUGUUCACUGGAAGAUACCAAGUCCUAAAUAUUCAUCAUGUGUUCGAUUCAUUUCAUCCUUAAGUGACUAACAGUCUCGCUUUUGGCAUGUGAACUGUGUUGAUGCCUCCCCUGAGCUCUCUGCUUAUCAAGCUAUGGUCACAUUUCAUCAGUAAAAUUACUUGUAAAUAGAAAUAAAUCUGUACAAAUCUC